AUGAACACAGAAAAACUGAUAGCCGAUUUGAAGGAGUUAGAAAAUGAUUACAGGGGUGAUGAAACGGAAGAAGACUCGUUUUGGGUGCAGCAUGGAGGUUGUCCUGAUAAUAGCAGGAACCAAAGAUUACUGGAUGAAGAAAUGAAGUAUCACUACUCUAUUUUUAACACGAGAAAUGAAUACAAAAGGACAGAAAUUAAUGUAGAGAAAAUUCAAAUUGAUAUAAUAAAUAAUUUAAUUUUUUUCCUGAAAUUGUUAAAGAAGAAAAAUGAUGAAGAAAUAAUAAGGCAAAUAAUAAAAUGUAUUCAAGUCAGUUUUGAAACAGAAAAUGAGCAUAUAGAAAAAAUAUCGGAAGAAAAAUCGCUAUAUAUAUAUAAACAAUAUUUAUUAAAGAAUAAAUAUAUUUUUUUAAAAAUUUUAAGAAAAAUUAAAAAUAAAAACUUCUACCCAAAUAUAAAACAAAUCAUUAAAGACAUUACAAGAGAUGUUUUUUCAUUUAAUAGAGAAAUACACAAUGGUAGUUCAGGGUUUGAAACUAUAUUGUCAUUAUUGUACGAAUUGUUAAAUAAAAAUAUAAAAUGUUUAUUUAGAAAUAUGUUACUAUCAUUUUUUCUCUUAAGUUUAAUGAGUAGAACAAAUAACAGCGUUGAUAUUUUGUACACAUUGGAUAGCUUUUAUAAAAAUAGUAACUUUUCGAUAAUUGUACCUAAUACAUGUUUUAUUUCACCAUGUGAGUUAAGUAUAUAUAACAAUAUCAUAAUACUGCGUAGCAAUGUAAAAUAUUUUAUUAAUAUAACACAGGAUGAGUCAUUAUUAUUACCUUAUAAUUGUUAUAACAUUGUGUAUAUUGACGAGCAUUUAAUAAGUGAUAAUUUUUAUCUCCAUAUUUAUCAAACUCUUCUUAAAGAUCAAAAGUAUCAUUACCUAUUUACAGAUAGGAAAUUAUUUGCACACUUGAAUUUCUUUGACGUUCAAUCUAAUUAUGUCAAGUUGAAGUCUAAAAUAUGCGAUUCUCUAAAUGCAAGUCCGGUUGGAGUUGCAAAAAAGCAAGAAAAUCAAAUUUAUCAUGAUAUAAUCAAAUGUUCUCAAAAUGAAGAAGCAGACAAAAGUGAAAUUCAAGGAAAUCAUUUUUCAUCAUCCUUCUUGGACAAUAUAGAAGUGUCAUCUAGCUCAACCUACAACUGUAGCGACAACGAAAUUGAUAUAAAACAAAUAAAUGAUCAAAAUCGUGUAUACUGCAAUGGUCUUGGAGACCUGGACAAACAAAAAAGGAACUUUUUUUACCAGUAUUUGAUUAUUGAGUUCUGUUCUUGA